UCUUUUCUCUUUUCUCUCAUAACACAAAAUGCAUCCCUUAAUUCCCACCAAAAGCCAUAUCCUGCUUCUUCUGGUUGUUACAAUGAUGUUGUCAAUGCAUGGUUCAUCAUCUUCGUCCGCCAACGAAUACAACGACUGUGGCAAUCUCUUUGAAUGCGGAAGUAUCCGGGUAGGUUAUCCCUUCUGGGGAGCCAUGCGACCGAAACACUGUGACCACCCUGAUUUCCAGUUGACCUGCCCCGCUGCCAAUGUGACACUGCUCUCAAUCUCUUCUGAGGAUUAUCGAGUUCUUAAAAUCGAUGAAGAUGCGGGUACCAUGGACGCUGUGAGGAAUGAAUACCGGACCGAUGUUUGUCUUGAUGGUCAAACACAGCCCAAAAACACCACCCUACAACAGAGCGGUUUAUUCACCAACAACUCAGAUACUGAAGACCUGAGGCUGUUCUAUUCCUGCAAUUCCCAAUUGGGUGCAACUUUGCCAAACCAUUUCAAUUGCAGUUCAUCUAUUAAUUACUAUUUCACACAAGCCCAAAUAGCCUCACAGGGUAGCCUUCCAACUGGAUCUAAUGUAAUUGAGAUCCUCCUUGGAAGUUGUGCACAAAAUGUUUUGGUCCCUAUUUUCAAAGCACAAGCCACCAUUUUACAAUCGGUGACUAUGACUGCUCUACCAAUAACAGAUGUGAUAACGGUGGUGAGUACUGGGUUUCGGUCGUCGUGGAAUGCCACUAUUAAAGCUCAGUGUGAUAGAUGCCUAACCCAAAACAGUACUAAUCGCUGCGCCUUCAAUACUACUUCAAAUGAAUUCACCUGCUAUCAAGCUCUAGGCGGCAGCCGAGAAUCGUCUCCUAACCGUAAUUUGAUCGUAGGCAUUUCAGCAGCUGUGGUAGGGCUUCUGAUAAUUUUUGCUAUAUUUCUGUCUAUCUACAAGAGAGAAGCAAUUAUCUUUUGGAAUAAAGAAAAAACAGAGGAGUUUGAUGUGGAGGCAUUUAUAAGGAAUUAUACUUCAUUUGCUCCAAAGCGAUACACUCAUUCACAUGUCAAGAAAAUGACAAACUCAUUUACGAACGUGAUUGGGAAAGGAGGAUUUGGUUGUGUGUACAAAGGAACACUACCUGAUGGUCGCCUUGUUGCAGUGAAAGUCCUAAAAGAGUCCAAACAUAAUGGAGAAGAUUUUAUUAAUGAAGUUGCUAGUAUGGGUAGAACUUCUCAUGUUAAUAUAGUUACUCUUGUUGGAUUCAGUUAUGAGAGGAACAAGAGAGCCUUGAUUUAUGAUUUUAUGUCCAAUGGUUCACUUGAUAAAUUCAUAUUUAAUCAAGAAGAUGGGAAUACAACCCGAUGCUUAAAUUGGAAAACAUUGUAUGAAAUUGCUCUUGGCGUUGCACGAGGACUAGAAUAUUUGCAUCGUGGUUGUAACACAAGGAUUUUGCAUUUUGACAUAAAGCCUCAAAACAUUCUUUUGGAUAAAGAUUUUUGUCCAAAAAUAUCAGAUUUUGGUCUGGCCAAAUUAUGGUUAAACAAGGAGAGUAAUGUGUCAAUGAUGGGUGCCAGAGGAACUGCAGGGUAUAUAGCACCGGAGGUAUUCAGUCGGAAUUUUGGUGGAGUGUCUCAUAAAUCUGAUGUUUAUAGUUAUGGAAUGUUGGUUCUUGAAAUGGUUGGAGGAAGAAGGAAUAAUGAUCCUAGAGUUUCUCAUACUAGCGAAAUUUACUUUCCUUUUUGGAUUUAUGAAGAUGUGGAUUUGGGUAAAGAUUUAAGAGUCUUGGGAGUCACAACAGAGGAAGAAAAAGAAAUAGCAAGGAAGAUGCUGUUAGUGAGCUUUUGGUGCAUUCAGACAAAUCCAUCAGAUCGACCACCAAUGAGUAAGGUUGUAGAUAUGCUGGAAGGAGACCUUCAACAUGUCCAGAUUCCACCAAAGCCGUUCUUGUUUUCUCCAGAAAGAUCCCCUCAACAAUCCACAGAAUCAUCAUAAUAACCAUUUUCAUUCUUUUGUAAUAGAUUUAUGAUGCUUUAGGUUCAACCUUAUGUUUGGUUUCUUUCACUUCCAUAUCGCGGGGAUGACAAAUGAAUUUGAAUGUCGAUCCCGGUUGAUGUAGCUUUCGUGGCUAUAUCUCUUAUAAGUUGAACAUCUAAAAACAGACCCUUGGCAAAUUGGAAAUUUCCACAGGUGCGAUUGUUAGGUGUGGCUUGCAAAGACAUCCAAAGACUAUGAAACAUUCAAAAGAAAUUUGAUGUAAGUUACAUGGCAACUUCCCCUAGAAAAAAGAAAUAAGUAAUGAAUUUAUCUAGUUUUGACGAUAAAUUUUUACGAUGUUACAUUUAAUAAUGAUGAUUUAGACAGUGUUUGUAUGUUUGUUUUAAGAUUUUAAGUUUAAUACAAUUUUAGUACCUUCUAGUUUUAACAUAGUGUUGUAAUUCAGCAGUUUUGCUGCAUAAUAAUAUCAAUUGGUAAGCAAAUUCAUGCAAAGGCUAAUGUAUAGUUAUCCUUACAAU